UGCACAUAUCUCUGCUCUCGACUCAACUAUCACGACAUCGACGCGCCCACCGCGCGUAUUCUCUAUUUCUCUUUGAUUUAUCUUCAGCAAAAUCUGUGUGUUAUUAACGACGAUUCACGUUUCUGUACUCAACGCAAGACCGCUCACGACGACUCACAAGAACAAGUAAAAGCAAGAUGCGUAACACGUUGCCCCUCUUGUCUCGUGCACCGGCCCCUUCCUCUUCCUCUUCAUCGUCUGCUGUACAUUCCCGACCAUCGACCGACACACCUCCGCAUGCCAUGCCCACAAUUCGACUGAUAUCUGCGACCCCGUCCGCGACGGGCUCGGCAGCCGACGCCAGUGGUAGCACAUCUCUGUCAUCCAUCGCCCCCUUCGCGGCGUCGUCUCCUCUUGCCCCACGUCCCACGUCCGAGGCCCCGCGCAAGCGACUCGUACCGAAGAAGUCCAAGCUGGGGCUGCUCGCUGGCGUUGCUAGCUCCAAGCUGAAGGACAAGGCGACCAAGGAUUUCUCUGAUGUCGUUCGCCGCGUGGGUGGCGACCCCACCUCGACGUCAAGCGGACGCGGUGGCUUCGAGAUCUACGUCGACCAUGCGGAGGACGAGGAGCUCGGGGAGAUCUUGGUGGUGAAGAAGAAGAAGAGCCGGAUGGGGCUGGAUAGCCUCCGUUGGGGAGGCGCGCUCGGUGAGGUGACGAAUGUCCCUCCCGCUGCGCAGAAGGAAGGAAAGGCGGGCGAGACGCUGCUGCCUGUGAAGGUGGAGGAGAACCAGAAGUGGUGGAGCAUUAGCCGUGGGCGGAAGGACUCCAAGGGCAAGGAGAAGGAGAAGGAGAAGGAGAAUUCCGGGUCGAGUGUGCGGGCGAAGCUGGCUCCGCGGUCGAAGACCCCUGAGCCGGUGAAGUCGCUCGACCACGACCCUCAGUCCCUGUCGCGUGCGCGAUUCAACUCGCUCGACUCCGGUAUCAUGCUCUCCAAGAUGUCAUCCCCUGCUCCCGAGCAGCCCGCGCAGACGGUCUAUGUCCAGGCGCCUAGAGAACGUACCACAACCUCUGCAUCUCAGGCGUCGAAGGGCAGCAACGGCCUGCUCGCGCCCGAGCCGAAUCCCGCGACGGGCUCAAUAGCUGUGCGCGCAAUCAAGUCGAUGCGCUCCCUCGCGAGGAUGGCCAGCUGGGCGCAGCUCACCAACAACGGUGAGCAGGAGAACGUGCAGCCCGCGACUAAGGCGGCUGCUCCGAAGAAGACGAAGGAGAAGAGCGAGGCGGGGAAGAAGAAGAAGGAGAAGAAGAAGAAGGAUGAGGAGAAGAAGAAGGAGCCGAAGGGUACGGUGAGGCGGAGGGAGGAUAAAGAGGCGAAGGAGGCGACCGUGCGCCUUUCCGGCAGUAGCUUCGAGGCGGGCGCACUCAGCACUCAGGCGAGCCCGCACCCACAGCUGCGGGAGGGUGCUAAGACCCUAGGGCGCAAGAAGCAAUCGACGCUUGGAUUGGGCCUCCCCUCCUCGAUGCGGCUGGGCACUGCGACUGCAACUGCGACGAUGCGCAAGGUCUCGAACGCGUCCUCGACUGGCUCUGCGGAAGUCGGGCAACCUCAGGCUCCCGCACGGCUCUCCGUAGAUUCUGCGCACCUCAUCAUGAACGCGCAAGGCCGCCCGACGUCCAUUAUGUCCAGUGGGUCAUCGCUUCGGCCGCCGUCAACCGCGAGCGCCAUCAGCGAGCGUAGCAAGGGCUCAUCGUCGAGCAGCGUCGCUAGCGUACGCUGGGACGAGGCGGGCAUGCGUAGUUCGCGCGAGCUCCAGCGGCUCGAGAGGAAGAGCAAGGACAGCACGCGGCCCCACGAGAGCAGGCGCACCAGCGACGGAAGGCGGCGAACCGCGCUCGUGGACAUCUUCCCAGAGACCCAGGAUCAGAUGGGUAGGCCCUUGUCGACGUCGUCGGCGGGAUCUGCGGUGAGCGGUGGUAAGGUGAGCAUAUUUGAGCGGCCGGUUGUCAACGUGGAGUCUGCAACGUCCGACGGCCACUCGGACGACGUCGAGAGCGUAGCGUCCGAGACGCCCGCUAAGAGAGCACGUCCGCGACCCGUGUCUGAGCAAAUGCUCGGGAGACCAAGGCCUUCGCCGAUCAGUGAGGACCCCGAUGUUAUGCUGUCGAUGUUGGAUGCUGCGACUAAUGAGCUUGCUUCGCUCAUCAACCGCCUCGACUUGGAAGCAACGCCAGCAAGCACUCACGGAGGCUCGCCGCUCCGUCUGUCGCCUGGUCAGCGUAUCUUCGAGGACAGCCCAGUCAAGCGGCGUCUCCCCAGCGGUGGCAGCCCCCUCAAGUCGGACCUUAAGGGCAAGGGCAAGACGGAGUCGAUGCAGUCCCUCCGCCCGUACGCGCAGAUGCUCGGCGCACUGUCGGCGAACAAGGAGUUCCCAAGCUCGGUGCAGCCUAUGGCUCAGCAGUACCCUGAUGUCAGGCGGUUCUUGGGCCAGCAGAUCGCUCCCUGGUCCGAGCUCGACUGGCAGGUCUCGCCGAAGAAGCCUGUGGGUAUGGUUGUGCCGCGUCCUACGCACAAGCGGACGAACCCACCGACGCCUGCUCUCGACCCGCCUUUCGUCUUCCAGCCACUCAAGCCGGCGAAGAACAACAAGGCCGCCCCCGCUAUGUCAGCAUCGCCUGCUCCGCGUGUCGCCACUCCCCCAAUCGCUACUGCGGAUGGUGCGCCGUCGUCGAGCACGUUUGGCUCGAGGCCGUCCAAGGUCGGCCUGAGGGAGUUGGCCCAGGAUGCAUCCCCGACGCCCGUCUUCAAGCGCCAUGCUAGGCAUUUGAGGAAGGGCUCGUCGCUGGCCACAAUGAACACCAAGGCCAGCGAGCUCAGCUUGCGCCAACAGGCCUCGAAAGACAUGGUCCGAAUCUCGCCUGAGGCGAGGAAAGGCCUUGGUCUCGGUGGGACAUUGGGAGGCCGCGCGUCCAACGAGCCCCAAGUUGACCCAAGGGAUCCGGACUCUGACAUCCCCAACGAGUUGCAGGUGAUUAUUGCUGGCCAAUCCGACGACGACUGCACACGGCGUCUCGACGAGACAUUCUCGCGCUGCAGUACGCCAGCGAGCCCCCUGUCGCCUCAGGCGAUCGCGUUCCCCAAGGCACUCCCGGAGUAUUCAAUUCCAGACAGGCCGCCAUCACUCCCGCCUGUUCCCGUCUUCCAGCUCUUUGACGAGGACGAUCACCAAGCGGACAUUGAGAGCAGCCCGACGUCGCCUGCAGAAGACGAUACGAAGAAAUCGUUCGACUUCACUGGGGAACUGCGGAAGCUCAAUGAGUCUGGUGGAUCUGACCGACGCAGCUUCGUCGAGCAGCUCGAGAAUGCUUUCCGGACUCCAGCCAAGAUUGGGCUUGACUACGGCCUGGAUGAGCAGCUUGGAUUCAAGAACGAUUUCUUGGACGUCCCGCCUGUCCCGCCGUUGCCCGCGAAUCUACGCUCGACGCCCUCCGAGGACAUAGCACCACGCAGUGUCUCGAACCCUGAGGACUAUUCGGCGAUGUACGGUCCAUCUGGCGACGAUCUGUACCGCGACUCCUAUGCAUCCGACGACAUUCAAUUCGAUAUGGUCACUGGCGUCGACGAUGAAUGCAGGGUCUAUCCCGUGACGAAGCGAUCUGGCUCCAUGCGCACGAUGGCAUCCGAUGGUCAACUCAACGUGGACUUCAAGUUCGGAGGCAAGCCGACUGUUCCCUCGACGGUGGAAGAGAAAUCAGAGCGCCCCUUGACGCUGUCCGACAUCAUCCCGCCCCUGACGCAUUCGGCUUCGCGGUCGUCUCUUGUCGAGGAGGACAGUUCAGUGCUCAAGUCAAUCAUGGCCCAAGCCGCUGAGCCCACUGUUGAGGAGGAUAGCGUGCUGAAGUCUAUCCUGGCACAAGCCGAGAACAUUGUGGAAGUGCCACGAAGGCGUGCCCUUUCGGAGUCUAGCUCGAACCGGGUCAUCUACGAUCCUCAGUCUUACGCAGCUCAUGCCAGCAACUCCGACCACUCUAGGCGCGAGUCUGAGGCUAGCUUCGCCGGUUUCGAGUCAUUCGACGAGGUCAGGCGUGGCUUUGAGUUUGCGAAUCGACCUGCCUUGUACCCACCACCUGGCGCAACUGCUCGUCGUUCUCACUUGCGGGAUGAGUCACUGUUCAGUAUUGCCUCCAUCUCGUCUUAUGGCGACGUCCUCAACGCUGGGGUUCCAGAUCCUUUCGGAUACAGUCGCGGUCUCAGUCGCCCAGCUUCCGGCGACGUCUCCAUGUCAAUGUCCGUCGACGACACGUUCUCGUUCAUGCACAGAGGCCGCCGACAGCGUAUCGACAGUGAUGCGUCAAGCUUCUACUUCCGUGCACCGGGGACGACCUUCUCCCAUGGUAGCAGGCGCGCCGGGCAUCGUCGCGAUGACUCACGGAUGUCGGUCGCCUCAAACGCUCCUCCAGUUAGCAUGUACAACCGCAGCUUCGGCGGGCAUCGGCGCAACGACUCCAACAUGAGCUCAAGUUCCGUCGCUCAGUCGUAUGCUAUGCAUGGUGCUUCUGGGGGACGUGCGGCUUGGGCCCGUCAUCGCCAUGACCAGUCCGUUGACUCAGUCUGGAGCGAUUACUCUGCGGGUCGUCUUGGGCGCCCCGGGCUGGGAGACAAGAUGUUCGACAACGACCACGGCAUGCCACUUACUGCUAUCUCGGCUUCGCCUCCAGAGAGCGUUGCGGGCGACCUGCGCAGCAACGCGUCAUGGGAGUCCUUUGUCCCUGCUGAUAGGCGUGCCUCGGCGGAUGAAUCGAUCUACGAGGAUUCUGAGGACUACCAUACGACGAUGUCGCGCGACUCUGUGUUCGGCUGUACUGGAUCAAACUCGCAGUAUUACGACCAGAUGCAAAGGCGACCGUUCCGUCCGGUGUCCGUGAUCAGCGACAUGAGCGUGCACCAUCCGGGCAAGGAGGAUGACACAAUGAUCACCAUGUUCGACGGUGCUCGUGUACGUCGUCUCUCUACUGACUCCCGGAUCGGUGGCUCCCCAUGCGUGAGGAUCGAGAAGGCGAAGCAAAGCACAGGACCCUUGCCUCAAAGAGUUUUGCAAUUCCAGCCUCCCGACGCAGAGAACAAGGACUCUCCCGGUUCCCUCAAUAAGAGCAAGCUGGUUGAGAAGCCCUCAAUUGCAUCGACUUCUUCUCAGCAGUUCGGCGGAGAGCGUAUGAUCCAGGCGCGCAAGGGUCUCCUGGAGCGUCAAAGCCUCGAAGACAGUGCACUCAUUGCCCAUGGAGAAGACAUCCUGGCAUCCCUGCGCUCACAGUCCGUCUUCUCUCGUCCGGAUAUCGCUUCCCGCUCUCGCUCAAGCACGGUCAGCGCGAGCUCAGGCGGAGAGACACCUCCUCUAUCCUUGUCUGACGGGUCCUCUCAGUCUGGCGGCUCGCAAUCCAGUAUUGACGUUGGUCAACUGAACGCUCUCCUGCUCAAUGUUGCUAACCCGAGCAGUGGGAUUGCGCGGAAUCGAGUUCGCACAAGAGCCCGUGGUACCGGACACCGUCGUCGCAUUUCUCAGGCCAGAGCGUCCCGUUCGUCCGUGUACGAGACCAUCGAAGAGGAGUCCUCGGUCACGCUGUCACCUUCGCCGGCAAAGGCGUUGUCGCCCAUCUCGUCGCACAUGGCUACACCUGGAGACUCGGUGUUCAUUGUCGACGAAGACAGUCAAUCAAUGUACAACGACUGGAACGAUGAGCGUGGAAUCACGACACUGCGAAGGUACUACGCCCUCAAGGAUGAGGCGCAUGAGACCGUCAUCGAGAGCAAGCAAAUGUGGAUGGACACUCCGUUCUCCAUCUUCGCCGUGCAGUCCUUCUACCCUCCUCAUAACCGUGGAGGUAUGUGUGCAAUGCUCGAGCACUCACAGAAGAACUACGGUCCGCUGCCCUCAGAUCUUCACCCGAGGCGUAUUCGGUCGAGGACGUCGUCGAGAGCCUCGCCAUACCCGCUCCCGAACCAUCGCUCCUCAUUCUCGCCUGACAAGCCGAUGCAAGUCCACGUAGACUCCAGCCCAGAGCUCCACAUCAGUCCUCAGCAUCCCCCUUCGUUCUCCGUCCUCCGCGAGGUCCCCACGAAUGUCAAGAACCAGUCGCCGGUACCCGCCCUGGAGGUCAUCAAACCGUUCACGCCCUUCAGCGUCGAGUUCGACAAGUCCAGGCCGGACAUCAGCAAGGACAGCUUCGUGCCGCCGGUCCCCGUUCGCCCUCGGGUGACCUCGAGUGUUCGCCGCAACGCGCUCGGGUGGAAGCGCCAGACAGGGAAGUCGUCGUCUAGUAGUCAGAAGGAGAAUGCCGGUCAAGGAAUGCUAAUCACCCCCUCCGAGACGCUCAGGAUCAAUCGCCCUCGUCCCCAGCGCGGCCGUCCGACGCCCGCACGAGCCUUCGCUCAAAUCGCAUAA